CAGACCCUUUGCCAGUUCUCUCUUCCAGACUUGCCAGAAGCAACAGAGGACUAAAGAUGAAGAUCUUUUUCGACUUUUUUGUUGUCUGCAUUUGAACCAGCAGCUGCUUUUGCUCACUAUGACAAGAUUUUAACUCACAGUCGAAUAAGGGCACGCGACCAGGGCCCAAAUGUCUGUGCUCUUCAGCAAGUUAUGGGAACAAAAAAGAAAUACUUCAGCACUUGCAGAAACUGGUACCAGCAAGCCAUCUGUGGAAAGAAAGCAACUGUCUUAUAUGAGUGCUGUCCUGGCUAUAUGAAGAUGGAUGGUACAAGAGGAUGUCCUGCAGUUGCUCCUAUUGAUCAUGUAUAUGGCACUCUUGGUAUUGUGGGCGCUACCUCCACACAGCAGUACUCUGACAUUUCAAGGCUGAGAGAAGAGAUUGAGGGACGAGGAUCAUUCACUUUCUUUGCACCAAGCAAUGAAGCCUGGGACCAAUUAGAUUCAGAGGUUCACAGGAAUUUGGUUGACAAUGUAAACAUUGAACUGUAUAAUGCUCUCCACCACCAUAUGUUAAACAAGCGCAUGUUGACAAAAGAUCUUAAGAAUGGCAUGACCCUAGUGUCUAUGUAUAAUGGCCAGAAAUUGCUUAUUAACCAUUAUCCUAAUGGGGUUGUUACUGUUAACUGUGCCAGGAUCAUCCAUGGUAACCAGAUUGCUACCAAUGGUGUUGUCCACGUUGUUGAUCGUGUCCUGACUGCUGUUGAAUAUACCAUUAAAGAUUUCAUUGAAGCCGAGGAGGAUCUUUCAUCAUUUAGAGAUUCUGCCAUUACAUCAGGUGUCAUGGAUAUUCUUGGAAGACCUGGUCAUUACACACUCUUUGUUCCUACAAAUGAAGCUUUUGAGAGACUUCCAAGGGGAGUUUUUGAAAGAAUCAAGGGUGACAAGGUGGCUUCUGAAGCUCUUGUGAAGUUUCAUAUAUUAAAUACUCUCCAGUGCUCUGAAGCCAUCACAGGUGGAGCUGUCUAUGAAACCUUGGAAGGAAACACUGUUGAAAUCGGUUGUGAUGGUGAAAGUCUGACUGUGAAUGGAGUGAAAAUGGUGAAACGCAAAGAUAUUGUGACAAGCAAUGGUGUUAUCCACCUCAUUGAUCAAGUGCUAAUUCCUGAUUCUGCCAAACAAGUCAUUGAGCUUGGAGGUGCUCAGCAGACUACAUUUACAGACCUGGUGGCACAGCUAGGUCUGGCAUCUUCUCUAAGGCCAGAAGGCCAAUACACUCUCCUGGCACCUCUGAAUGGUGCUUUCUCAGAUGACACCUUGAGGCUGGAUCAACGCCUUCUUAAAACAAUCCUGCAGAAUCAUAUUAUAAAAGUGAAAGUUGGGCUCAAUGAACUGUACAAUGGACAAGAGCUUGAAACAAUUGGAGGAAAACUACUCAGAGUCUUCGUGUAUCGCACAUCUGUAUGCAUUGAAAAUUCAUGCAUGGUCAGAGGAAGCAAAGAAGGAAGAAAUGGUUUUAUUCACGUCUUCAGACAGAUCAUCAAUCCAGCAGAAAAGACAUUGCAUGAAAUGCUGAGGAAUGAUAAGCGUUUUAGCACUUUCCUCAGUCUUGUGAAAGCUGCAGAUUUGGAUGAUGUUCUGUCACGGCCUGGACAGUGGACUCUCUUUGUCCCAACUAAUGAUGCCUUUAAAGGUUUGACUGAUGAUGACAAGGACAUACUGAUAAGAGACAAAAAUGCUCUCAGGAAUAUUCUUCUUUACCACUUGACACAAGGAGUUUUCAUUGGAAGUGGCUUUGAGCCUGGUGUAACCAAUAUUCUUAAAACCAUCCAAGGAGGCAAACUCUACUUGAAAACAGUGAAUGAUACUCUUCUGGUUAAUGAACUGAAAUCAAGAGAAUCUGACCUCAUGGCAACAAACGGUGUCAUUCAUGUCAUUGACAAACUCCUGUAUCCAGCAGAACUGCCCGUUGGAAAUGAUCAGCUGCUCACAAUAUUGAAGAAGUUGAUUAAAUACAUUCAAAUUAAGUUUGUUCGUGACAGUACCUUCAAAGAGAUUCCACUGACAUUUUACAAAAUUAACAUAAUUGAAAGCAACGUCCAGCCUAUCAUCACAAAGGAAGACCCAUCUAUCACACAGCUCACUAAAUUAAUUGAAGGGGAACCUGAGUUCAAAAUCGUCAGGGAAGGGGAGACAAUAACUAAAGUGAUUCAUGGAGAACCAAUUAUUAAAACAUACACCAAAAUCAUUGAUGGACGACCCGUGGAAGUGACAGAGAAAAAAGUAACAGAAGAAAGAAUUAUUCAAGGUCCUGAAAUAAAAUAUACCAGAAUUACUGCAGGGGCUGCAGACAAUGAAGAGAAGUUAAAGAAAAUCCUUGAAGAAGAGGUUACGAAAGUGACCAAAUUUAUUGAAGGUGAUGGUCAUUUACUGGAAGAUGAAGAAAUCAAAAGACUUCUGCAGGGAGAAGCACCUGCACGGAAAGCACAACCAGCCAAGAGGACACAAGGAGGAGCAGCAAGAAGGAGGACAAGACUAGAUCGUUCUUAAAACCUGCCAAGACAGAAUUCACAGAGCUACAAAUUAACAACAUGGUCUUUGAGAGGAACUGUUUGGAUUUUUUAAAAUGAGAGCAUUAGAAAAUGAUGUUAUUUUGAUGACAUAAUGUAAACUGAACCAUGAAUCCACAAAAAGAUGUGAAGCUGCAGAUACUCACUGCCAGCACAGUGCUCACUGGGAGUAGUCUAUUGGAGGUGCUUUUACUGCUCUUGAUAGUAAGCACUAUGCAGGGUGGGAUCCUGGAAGCCCAAAAACUUCUGUAGAACCAGGAUUCCUUCUUCUCAUUAGUAAAUGCUUGCAGGAUUCGAUUAAAAAUGAGCAGGGAACAAUACAGAGUGUAUUUUUUUAUUAUUAUUAUUAUUUCCACUAAAUAAGAAAUAUAAGGGAAAAAGAAAAAUAAUCACCUCAGGUGACUUUUAUAGUAAUCUAAGGAAAUAUGAGAUGUUAACAUAGCACUUUUGGUUCAGUAGUACUGUCUGCUUUUUAUAAGUCAAAAUUCCUCAUGUGUUUAAAUUCGUAAUACCAGUAACGUUACCUUUUCUAAGCAAACAAAUAUGCCUUAUAUUAAAUCUAUCAUGGUUUUUUUGUCCUAUAUUACAUAUCCAAAUACCUUCUAGUAACUUGGCUAAUGGAAGCUCUUGAAAAAAGCAAAAAAGUAAAUAUUGUGAGCUUCUUGCAAUAUAUUAGAAAUCAUGUUGACUUCUUUAUUUAUAAGAAAUCACAUUCCCGUUAAAGGAAUCCUAUAACAAUACAUAUGCUGAGAUUCUUAAGUGUUUUCCCAUUUUUCCCUAAUGUGUCUUUUGAUUAUUAAAGUGGAUUAUAAAAGCAAUGAAUAAAAUGCAUGCAAACAGUUAAUUAAGCAUGGGAAAAGGUCUUACAAAAAUGAGGCCAGGUCUGAAAGCUUUUGUAUCAAAACAUGCUUUGCUAAUGUCUGAUACUAAUGUGGAGUUUUCUGUAAAUUAUGUCCAUUUUAUAACUCUAAUUUUGUACUCAUAGAAGUUGUUCUGCCUUUAUCAACAAAAGGUGAAAGACGAUUUUUCAUGGAGUAGAAAAAAACCUGUUCAAAGUUCCUUAAUUUUGUAGACCAAAGUAUCAGAGGCGUUGUCUAACAAGCUUUUCUACUUCUGUUUUGAAACAAAUACUCAAUAAAGAAUUUGGAUGAACUGUG